CACGUGGUAAAGGAAAAACACAAACACGGCCUGUUCUGUUUUUCUUCAGAUUCAUUAAAACUCCGUUGACUUGCGUAAGAGAGAGGGAGAAAUAAGUGUCGGGAAUAUCUGAGCAGAGAUCGUUCUCUCUCGGCCAUAAGGUUCCUCUCUGUUCAGAUCCGAGAUAUGUCCUCCGCUAAUUCUCAUCCUCCUCCUAAUAAUUCCACAAUUGUCCUCUGUAAUGCUGCCCCCCCCCAGCAGUUACAGGAGAUGAAUUCGUGUUCGUGUCAGGCGCAGUUGAUAGAACCCACCAAUGAGGUUACGUGAAUGUGGAGAGCUUCCAUUUCGGGCUGGGGAAAUUCUCCAAAUAGAAGCCAGAGAGGAAUGAAUACCUGCGCUUGUCUUGUUGGACCAAUGUGGUGAGAAGAGGACCCACCAAGGGGUUGUCCAGAAAUGUCAACAACAUUACCAGUGAUUUGAGAGUGGGAAGGAAGCAGAAAAUCAAGGAAGAAGCAGGUUAAGAUCACUUCAUUGAAAUUCAGAACUGAGAGCAAAGAGUUAAGGUGAAAGAGGAAGUAAGUCUGCCGAGAAGAUUCAAGCGAUAGAUGGUGGAAGAAAAGAUGAGAAUCCCCAUUGCUCAAGAAGAAGCUUGUGAGAUUGGAGAUGGUCAGGAGGAGCUUGAGAAUGAGAGCUGAUAUUAGGAUUAUGAAACAUUUGGUCACGUGGCCAACAUCAAAGGUAGUGUUAUAUGUUGGGAGUCUUGAGCAUAUCUUCAAGCAAGAAGGCAUGCGUGGCUUAUACCCCUACCGUCAUGGCUCUUCUCUCGAAAUUGGGCGGUUUAUUUCACAAUGUAGGACCAACUCAAGAGCUUUUUAAUUUCAAAUGAUGAGGAUCACAAACUCAGCGGCGUUGGUGCUAACGUAAUGGCUGCCUCUGGACCAGUGCCACUAAUCAUCCUCUUUGGGUUGUCAAGACUCGUCUUCAGCAGACACAAGGAAUGAGAGCGGGUGUAGUUGUGCCUGCACUAGGUGGUAUUAGUCACGUUGCCAUUCAGUUUCCUACGUAUGAGACCUGCUUGACCAAAAAAGGGCUAUCUUUAAUCUCUCCGUCUGUCAUAUCGAAACUCUCCACCACCUCCGUCCCCACAAUGGCGAUUAACGUCGCUUCACGGCGUCUCUCCAGCGGAACAGCGCUGCGGCGUGCUAUGAGAUCUUAUUCAACGUUUAGGGAGGAGAGAGACACCUUCGGCCCGAUCCAAGUUCCUUCCGAUAUUCGGGGAUCUCUCUCUCUUCAGAACUUCGAGAUCGGUGGUGAGCGCGAGCGUAUGCCCGAGCCUAUCGUCCGCGCUUUUGGCGUCUUGAAGAAGUGCGCCGCCAAGGUUAACAUGGAGUAUGGUCUUGAUCCAACAAUUGGGAAAGCCAUUAUGCAAGCUGCUCAGGAAGUUGCUCUAUGAGAUCAUUUCCCCCUUGUUGUUUGGCAAACUGGUAGUGGCACUCAGAGUAACAUGAAUGCUAAUGAGGUCAUUGCUAACAGAGCAGCUGAGAUUCUUGGUGGUGAUAAAUGUGUCCACCCUAAUGACCAUGUCAACCGAUCUCAAUCCUCUAACGACACUUUCCCUACUGUCAUGCACAUUGCAGCUGCAACUGAGAUUAAUUCAAGGCUCAUCCCUAGUUUGAAAACUUUGCAUUCCACUCUCCACUCUAAGUCCUUCCAGUUCAAAGAUAUUGUGAAAAUUGGAAGAACUCACACUCAAGAUGCUACUCCUUUGACGCUAGGACAAGAAUUUGGUGGCUACGCUACUCAAGUUAAGUAUGGGCUUAAUAGGGUCACAUGCACUCUACCCCGCCUCUAUCAGCUUGCACAAGGUGGAACUGCUGUUGGAACAGGAUUAAACACCAAGAAAGGGUUUGACGUAAAGAUAGCUGCUGCAGUAGCCGAAGAAACAAACUUGCCGUUUGUCACUGCGGAAAACAAGUUCGAAGCUCUGGCUGCACACGAUGCUUGUGUUGAAACCAGUGGGUCACUUAACACAAUCGCCACAUCCUUGAUGAAGAUCGCCAAUGAUAUACGUUUUCUUGGAAGUGGCCCAAGAUGUGGUCUUGGUGAGCUUGUUCUGCCUGAAAACGAGCCAGGAAGCAGCAUCAUGCCUGGGAAGGUUAAUCCUACACAAUGUGAGGCCUUGACUAUGGUUUGUGCUCAGGUUAUGGGCAAUCAUGUAGCUGUGACAGUUGGUGGGUCAAAUGGUCAUUUCGAAUUGAAUGUAUUUAAGCCAGUGAUCGCAAGCGCUCUUUUGCAUUCCAUUAGAUUGGUAGCAGAUGCCUCAGCUUCGUUUGAGAAAAACUGUGUGAGGGGAAUUGAGGCCAACAGAGAACGGAUCUCAAAGCUAUUGCAUGAGUCCCUUAUGCUUGUGACAUCAUUGAAUCCGAAAAUCGGAUAUGACAAUGCUGCAGCAGUUGCCAAGAAAGCUCACAAAGAAGGAUCUACAUUGAAGGAAGCGGCUCUGAAGUUGGGUGUUCUGACGGCAGAAGAGUUUGAUACACUUGUUGUUCCCGAGAAGAUGAUCGGUCCCUCUGAUUGAUAUGUGUUGUUUUUUUUGUAGCCAAAGUUUCAUUGACCAAGUACUUCUUCAAUAGGUUAUUAGUAAAUGAUAAAAUCCUGAAAGAAACUAUAAAUUUUAAUAUUCUUGGGAGGAGGGCAACGUUGGUCCUCAGAUUUUGGAGAGUUGUCUCGCUUUGUAUCCAAUUAUUUAUGUUGAAUAAUAGUAACGAACAAGUUUGCUUU